CCGAAAAAGAGACUCGAAUCUACCACGACCACCAUCCGCGGUCCAUUUGCGUUCUCUUCCCUGCCCGGGAAGGUGGAUCAAAGAAAGGUAGCUUGCUUCUCUCCUGGACUGAUGGCGUUUUAUGUAGUGGUCGGCCUUCCUACCAGAAUGCCUUCUUGGUCGAAGAGCCAUUUUACUAGUAAGGGUGCAGGAAGCAAAAAAACUUGCGCGAAGGACGUUUUCUUCUCUGCCUUCUCCUCUCCAAAGGCCAAGGGAGAGACUGCAUCCCUUUCCUUCGGUAGCUCUUUUGGUUUCCCAAGGAUAGCGGUAGCUGGGGCAAAGCCCGCUUUCUUCGUUUUUCGAAUGAGAGAGAAAGUCAGAGGAAAAAACACGUUCUCUCUGUGCGAGAUCCGAAAGUGGAGAACGCAUAGCAUUCUCUGGGCACAUAGGAUCAAACGUAAAGCAGCGCUCUCUUGGCAGAGUUUUAGGCGGCAAGAGAUUUUAGGGCUUGUUGGAGCUUCUGAGCAUAACGAAUCGAAGCCGAAGACGGAUCAAGGCUUUUAUACCAAGGCGAUAGACGAAGGACCGAAGAAUGGAACGUGCAAAGUCGAUCGUGCACCUGUCACUUAUAUAAUAGCCAGUCAUCAAUUGGAAGCGGGCAAGAUGGUGAUGAAUUGGUCUAAACCUUCGACUAGCGACUUAUUGCGACCUGCCCAGAAUGCCAAUACAUACUAAACCCUUGUUCACACAGCGAAAAAAGGCCGAGUAGAAGAAUAAUAAAAUAAAAUUUUGUAGUAAUCUUAUUAUUCUACUUAGUGUAUUUAAUAACCUAUCUUUAUAUCCAGGUGUUAUACAAGGGUUUUGUAGUUCCUUAUUUAUUUGCGUUCUUUUUUUGGCCCAUUCUCUAUGGGAAUCCCCAAUCCGCCUUGGGGGAAACCUCUCCGAGCGAAACGAAAGACCCUUGCGGGGAACACUCGAGAGAGGAAGGAGGAUCAUCCACAUCCUGCUCAGCGGACGCUAUUCAGCAGCAGCUGAAGGUGAAGGACCGACUCUUUAAAGAAAACUUAUCUAUUAAAAAAGAAAUAAGUUCCUUAGCGGAGGAGGAAUUCCAAAGAGAAAAAAUAGCAUAUCCAAUCCUGCGGGACCUAUAUUCCCGAACAGAAGUGAUAGAGAAAAUCUGUUCGGAAGAGUUCAUCACUAACGAUGAGGCACGGAGAGGAAUCUCUCCCGAAGAGGGAGAAGAGGGGACUCCGUCCUCUUCUCAACUUCUCCGUCCCCAU